UUGCUACAAUUGUGCGACGAAUUCAUCGAAUCCGCUCUGGAGACCAGCUGCCGCUUAGCCAAGCAUCGCAAGAGCAACAAGUUGGAGAUCAAAGAUAUGCAAUUCCUUCUCGGUACGUCGAAUCAGCUCGCCACAGAACUUGCAUCCAGCCCGUAUCGCUGA